AUGGGAAAAGUUGAGCGUGUGAAUGGAAUGACACGAAGUGUGCUUGAAAAAUUGCCAGGGAUAAAGAGUGACUUAGUGAGAGGACAAGGGAAUUGGCAAGAAUGGGAUUUAGCACAUCUUAUUAGAGCUUUAAAACAAUGGAGAGACAUAAACCUUAAUGAUAAAGAGAUUGUCAAGGACGGUGACAAAGAGAGACGAAAGGGGAGUAGACGAGAAAGUCUAUUUAAUGCCAAUGCCCGCAAACGCCCUUGUGUAUAUUGUGAUGACGUCGGUUCACGAGAGUGUACACGCGUAGUGAGUGUGGAUGACAGGAAGGGCAAUCUAGCCAGGAAGAAAUUGUGUUUUAAUUGUACGUGACCAAAACACCGAGCUAAUGAGUGUCGAAAUACAACUGUUUGUCAGAAGUGCAACCUAAAGCCCCACACUUCGAUAUGCACUGUGAAGAAAAGUCUUAAGGUAGCGACAGGGGGGAGUGCAAGUCAAGUGGUAUACCCAGUUGUUGACGUGAGCGUGGAGGGUGUGAUAUGUCGAGCACUACUUGACACAGGAGCAGGAAGCUCUUAUGCUUCUGCUGCUCUCUUGGACAAACUUCCAAGACGAUCUCAAUCCAAAGAAGUUCGACAAAUAAAAAUGAUGUUGGGUUCGACUAUUCGUGAAGUUUCUAUUUCUACCAUCAACGUGGGAGCUACUGACGGCAGGUUUAAGAUGGAUGUUGAAGUGACAAGAGUCGAUCGCGAACGGGGAAACCUACUAAUAAUCGCCAACCCAAAUUACCAGACUCUGGUUGAUUUGUAUGAUCAGCUCGAGGGAGUAAGUAUGGAGGACAACGAUACUAAGCCCCUUCUACCAGUACAUCUCAUCCUGGGCGCAAGCGCGUACGCAGCUAUCAAGACAGCAGAACCACCCCGUGUUGGUUUCCCAGGAGAACCGGUAGCGGAGAAGACCAG